AUUCUCGUAGUUGUCAUCAAGCAGAUAAAACGUAGAAAAAGAGCAUGCCAGAAAAUAUAAGUGAAAAUUAAAUUUUAAAAAUUUAUAAAGAAAAUUAUUAAAAACCAAAAAUAGAACUUAUUAAAAUAAAAAAGUGUUAUAAAAAUAUAAGCAGAAAAAGUUAAAUAAUAAAAAAUAGUUAAAUUUAUAGCAAAAGAACUUGCCAGAGAAAAAGAAUAAAAGAUCAUUGAAAAAAAUUUAUUAAAAAAAUAAAAAGGUAAGUUUUUAUUGCAAAAAGAAAGUAAAAAGGGUGUCAAUUUAUUGCGACUUGAGAGGUUAGAAAAAAAACGUAAAAAUCGAUAUCUUUGAGGGUUAGUCCUUUGUUUUCUACUACGCUACAUUGUAAUGACUGAAACUUUGGUGGCACCUCUGAUACCGCAACUACAAGAAAUGCAGCAACAACCCAACAACGUUAACACCAAUAAUGGUAACCAGCAGGAGCAAGCCAAUCAAUGGGCCAGCUAUAAUGCCUGGUACCAGAAUGGUGGUCAAUAUCAUCAACAAUAUUCACCCUACUAUCAAUACUAUAUGCGCUACGGCAUGAAUAAGAAUCAGCAGCAGCAACAAACGGGUGUUACUUCUACCAUUUCCAAUAGUAAUGCUCCACCUGGUUUUAGUAAUGCUGUAAUACCUCAAGGUGAUAAACAUUUGCCUCCACUGCCUUCGGGACCACCUCCCCCACCUCCCAGUGGUAAUGGUAAUAAUCAACAAAAGAAUUUCGGUGGCAUUAAGUUCAAUCUGAAUCAACAAUCGCGUUUGGCAAAUGCUCCCAACCCGCUGCAGCAUCAGCAGGGUAUGGGUGCAAAUUUCAAUGGUAACUUCCAAAAUAAUAUGAAAAACAACAAUCAAAAUAACAAUGCCAAUAACAAUAAUAAUAAUAAUAAAAAGAAACGUAAACGUAAUAAAAAUAAACAAAAUCAAAUACAACAACAGCAACAGGCGUUAUUCGAUGCUCAUUUUGAAGAAAAUCAACAGUUACAAAUGCAAAAUGGUGUAACCGCUAGUGCUGGUGGUGGUGAUUUUAUAAAUACUUCCAUACCGCCUCCACCACCGCCUCCAAUUAUAGCCAAUGUGGAUUUAAGUAAACCACCGCCACCCAUUGGCAAACCUUUGACUAACAGCAAUGAUAUGAGUUCAUCUGAUACUAUUUUAACACAACCACAAAUGUCUGCUGCCAAUACAGCCAAUAACAAUUCCUCCCCUACUACGACUUUUAAGAAACCUAAUGCUUUUCACAAUCCCAAUGAUGCCUGGCCAGAGUCCUUAAAUAAUUAUGUGGCUCGUUGUUAUGCCAAAUGUACCACGGACUUGGAUAAGGAUCAAAUCGAUAUUUGUUUAAAGGGCAAAAUUAUCGGUGCAGCCAAUCGUAAUGAGCUGUGGACUCGCGAUUGGGAUAAUGAACCCAUACCCAGCGUCUUUAGCGAACGUAAUAAUAUCAAUGUUAAACUACAUAAUAGCAACAAUAAUUCACCUUCGACGCCACAAAAUCAACGUAAUCCGUUUCAGCAUAAUCAUAAAAAUCUUCAGUCUAGUAUUCCAAUGGAUCAUUUGAAAAAUAAAUCAGCUGCUGGCGGUUUAUCGCGUAAUUUAAAUGCACGUCUCGGUCAGCGUAAUUCAUUUGGUAGCGGUAAUAAAUCCAAGGAUUCUCGUAGUCGGUCGCGUUCACCCUCUUCGUCUAAAUAUCGUAAUAAACGUACAUCGCGCUCGCGUUCUCGUUCACGUUCAUCGUCUUCGUCUCCCACGCGUCCACGCAAAAUGCGUCGUUCCUCAUCUUCUUCGUCGUCUUCCUCUGGUUUUAUACCACUUUCCUCUUCCUCCUCCUCCAACAACGCAUCUUUUCUCAGUAAAAAACAACAGAAACUUCAAAAUAAAAAGAAUAAAAAACACGAUUCUAUCACUGCAAAUGGUAGUAGUAGUGGUAAAUCGAAAGCUCCCUUCUAUUCUUCUUCGAUUGGUGGCGCUGUAGAUGAUGAUUCUGCACGUCUCCAACAAAGAGCGGCACGUUUUUCACAAAGCGGUAAUAAGAAAACCGUAGUAUCUGUAGCCAGCUCUCCCUUUACACAAACCAAUAAGGCUAGUAAUAGUAAAAAUGCUAAAAAAUUCAAUAAUUCGCGUUUGUAUAUGGACGAUACGGAAAAUGGUGAAAAUAUAGAUCUUUUCGAUUUACACAUCGUUGGUACGUGUCGUGAUUUGGAAAAGUCCUUUUUGCGUUUGACCAAAGCGCCAGCUCCCUGUGAAGUGAGACCCGUUGAAGUGUUGGUACAUUCAUUGGAAAAUGUCAAACAAAAAUGGCGUAGUAAUCAGGAUUAUUUCUAUGCUUGUGAUCAAUUGAAAUCAAUAAGACAAGAUUUAACGGUCCAAGGUAUACGUGAUACAUUUACGGUGGAAGUAUAUGAAACACAUGCCCGCAUUGCCAUGGAAAAGGGUGAUCAUGAAGAAUUCAAUCAGUGUCAAACCCAACUGAAAAUGUUGUACAGUGAAGUUGGUACUAGUGCCAAUACUUUAGAAUUUACCGCCUAUCGUAUACUAUAUUAUAUAUUUACAAAAAAUACCUUGGACACCACCACUGUUCUACGUUCUAUUACACAAGCUCAACGAGAAAAUCCUGCCAUUGCCCAUGCUAUGGAGUUCCGUUCCGCUUGGGCUAUGGGCAAUUACUGUAAACUAUUUCGUUUAUAUAAAACUGCACCAUUAAUGGCUGGUCAUCUUAUUGAUUGGUUUAUCGAAAGAGAACGCAAAGCUGCCUUAAAAACUAUUGUUAAGUCUUAUCGUCCCAACAUUAGCAUUGAUUAUAUAACCGAAUUGUUGGCAUUUGAAUCGCAUGAUAAAUGUAAAGAAUGGUUGACUGGUUUUAGUUUACCAUUUGUAGGUGCUGAUGAAACACAAAUUGAUUGUAAAGUUGCUUCAACUAUAGCGAUAUGAAGCAAUUAAUAAGUAAAACAAAACAAAAAACAACGUCGUCUAAAACAACGUUAAGGAAAUAAUAUAACAAUCAUUAAAAGAGUAAACUGUUUAAUUGUGAUUACAACAACAGCAACCAACGUUAUGUUUAAUAGAGGCCACAACUCCCCCCCCCAAAGAAACCUCCAUUUCCAUGUAACACAAAACAGUUACAACUCUUUUUUUUUUAAGCAGAAAAAUCAAAAACAAAAUAUGUACAGAUUUAUAAAAACAAACAGCGUUCUCUAUUCGUAAAACCAAUUAAGAAAACCAGAACAGAAAAGUUAAAAAAAACCCAAUUUUAUCUACAAAUGCAGAAAAAUUAAAAAUGUUUUCAACAUUUUUCAAAAAAUAUGAAAAAAAAAUAUCAAUUUAUUCCCUUUAAGCUAAAAUUUUCUCUACACUUUGGACUUGUUAUUUUUAUUAUCAUAUACAACGGCCCCCUCUAAAGCAAAUUAUUGAAAAAAGUGUUUUUUUUUUAAUAUCAAUGACUUUUUUGUGUGCUCUAAUUGCUAUAAAUUAUUUAUUUAAAUAUUUAUUUUUCCCAAAAUCUUAUAUUGAACAUUUCUACUCGAAAGUUAAUGGUGAUUUUUUUUACUAAAUUCAAACCUAAACUACGUUAAUUCUGGAUUAAUAACAUAAUUUCAACAUAUUCAAUAACAAUCUUUCGUUUGUACAUCCUCAUGUUCGGAAAUUAACUACGUGAAACUUCGUCAUAAGAAAUAUUUACUAUAUUUAGUAUUUAUUUCAAACUUAAACUAAACUUCAAUGAACCAACCCCAAAUGAAUGCUUUCUAUGCAUGGCUGGGUAUACGUCAGAUAAAGUCAUUUAUAGACUUGACGAGCCAUGUGUUUGCAGCAGGUCCAGCUGGAAUGUUUUUUUAUGGCCUUUUUGAAGCUCAAGGAAUGAAAACAACUGAUGCAUGGAAACCUGAGUAUAUUUCUUUGUUUGCAGUUUGCUAUUAAAGUAAAUAUCUCACUGAAUGUCUGUCUACAAUUUCGUAAUUCCGGCUCGAAGGAUCAACGAUGUUGGGAAAUCUAUAGCAUCUUAGAAACAGUUACUGAAAGCUGUGCAAAAAUAACUAACGGAAUUCUAGCAUUAAAUACAAAAGUAUUUCAAAGGUUAUAUGGAAUAUUUGAUUCGAAGGACCAAAACUUGAUUGAAAUCUACAAAAUGUUAUGAAAACUGCCUAGAGAUACUUAGGAAUUUGAUUCGAAGUACCAAAACUUGAUUGAAAUCUUUAAUACUAUGAAAACUGCCUAGAGAUACUUAAGUAUUUGAUUCGAAGGACCUAUAAUAUUUAAAUCGCCUUGGAACUAUAGAUAUGGCAUAAUAUAUAAAUGAAAGGUCAAGUUUAGAAGUUGAUUGAUGUUUAAUAAUGAUAAACGAAUAGUGUACAAAAAGGAAAUGCAGAAUCUCGGAAAUCAAUUAAAAUAGCAAAAUAUUGAAUCAAUUAUCAUCGUGUCUUCAAAAUAGAAGUCCUCGGAAUGAAAUCAUGACAAUUUUUUUAAGGUCUCAAUUAAAUGUUCCAGUUUUGGCUGAUGAUUAGAUUUCAAAGUCAUAUAGCUUGCACAUAAAGUAAUCUUCUUCGCAAACCAUCGACCUAUGAAAUUAUCUUAACAUUUGCUGCUUCACAUCUUAAAUAAUCUUUGAAAUAUUGGUUUCUUUCGAACCUACUGCAAUAUGAAUUAUUCUUUUAUGAUUGAAUUUUUCUUAGGAUCUUAAGAUAAAGGUUUCCGCAGUCAAAUAACCUACGAAAUUUGGAAAUCAGCAAGGAUUUCUUAGCUGAUUCAUAUUUCUAAAACUCAAGUUGUUUAAAAGUUUUAGCCCGUUCCGAGGAAUGAUUAAACAACUUCAAAAAAGAAAUUACCGAAUUAACAACAUUUAAGGAAAAUAAUGAAAAUGAAAGAUUGCAAAAGUAUUAAAAUUCUAAUAUUUAAAAAAAAUUAUUAAAAAUUUGGAAAUUUUACAACAAAAAGGAAAAUGUUCGAUCAAUUUUUAUACAAUAAUAUAAAGGAAACAUGCAGCUGCAGGGUAAUAUAAAGUCCCCAACAUCACAGACAAGUAAAUCAUAAAAAUAGUUUAAAAUAUUCGUUAAACUAAGACCAAAAGUACUUAUGCAAGUCCCUGGAUUAAAACUAAUUUAAAAAGCUUUCACUUCAAGUUAAAAACAUACAAGCCAAGGAGUUGUUAAAACAAAAAUUUAAAAUUUAUAAAACAAAAGUAAAGCAGUAAUAAAUACAACAACAAAGCGGUCUAAUUAAAUUAAAAAAUAUCUCAAUAAAUGAAAAUCUAUAAAAAAAUUUUAAAAAAGAAGUGAAAAUGAAAAACUGGCAAUUAAAAAAAAAAAUACAAAAUUAUUAAAAAAAAAAAAUAAAAAAUAUCAGUGAUUUAGUUUAAGGACUUAACAAAGGGAUAAAUUGAUAAAAUAACAAAGACUCUCUUAGAAAUAAUUAAACCAACUCCACUCCCCAGAACUUUAAAACUAAAAGUGAUGAUAAAAUAAAACCCUUUAACUUCAUUUAAUAGCCUAAAAACAACAACAACUAAAUAACAUAAUCCUUUUUCCUUUCUUUAAUAAUAAACCAUGGUUAACUACCCUUUAUAUGUUAGAAAAAGCAGACUUCCCACUCCCUACAUACUCUCUCUAUUGCUCUUUGUUCACUAACAAUUUGUUUGAAAAAAUUUUUUUUGUUUAAAAUUUUUCUUUUUUAAUUUUUUUAUUUAUUUAUUGUUUUUAAUGUUGUAAUGUCUAUUUAUUCUUUUUUUUGUUAAAAACAAAAACAAUUUUUUUGAUAUAUUGUAAUGUUUAAGGAAAGAUUUUAUUCGAAAAAAAAAAGAAAAAACACAAAUUUUUUUUUUUGGCCAACUUAAAUAAUUGUUAACAUUAGUAUUAUUACUAAAAACAAAACACACGCACAACACAAAUCAAACCAAAAAAAUUAAAACUAAUAAAUGUUUGUUUUUUCUCUGAGAAAAUUUACUAAAGAGAAACCAACACUAUGAUGCCGCCCAGCCAGAGUUAACCCAACAUCACAUUUAGCUGCUAAACAGAAAAACUCUAAACUCAGCCCUACCGGUUAGUCUGUAAAAA